UUCCUCUGUCCUCUCAGGUCUUGUCCCAACCCUCGACUGGAACCCUAAUCCUACCCUAUGCCAACGCGCCCCCUAAGUUACCUCUCUUUCUAUCUCGUUCUGAUGCCCAGUUCCGUCCUUCUCAGCCUUAAGUUCUUGGCUUCCUCCCUUCCCCCCGCCUGGGAUCAUCUUGGACUUCUCUUCUGCUGAGUUCUUCCAAGUCUUCUCAUCCGUUGCCAUUUCUAGGGUUUCCUUGCAUCCCAUUAAAUCAUGCUGUGAUCUCUCGGAUUUUAUCCUAUCUAUUCCUUGAAUGCAUUUGUUUUUUGCUUGCAGCAAAUUCGAUCGUAAUAUAUCUUGCUUGUAUUAGAUUAAGUGAAAUAGCUGGAGUUCCAUGCGGUUCUUGAUGCCUUAUUUUAGUUUUUUUUCUUUUUCUUUUUCCCAUUACUGCUUAUGAUUAUUGGGUUCUUAACUUGUGUUUAUUUUGAUUCUUUGGUUAAUAUUUGAUGUUAAUAGUGCCCUGCUUAUAGUUUUUGCGAGGUUUCAAUAUCUAGUCUCGAAUUUAAUCAUUUUUUUUUCUGUUUAUUGUAUGGUGAUGAAUUAGGAACGGGAAUCUAUCUUGGGAUGUAUCAAUUGAGUUGUUUGCUGCAUUCUUGAUGCUGAUAAAUGAACUGAUCCUACAAUUGGGUAACAAGUGGUUAAGACAUGCAUGACCUUCAAAGUAGUGGAAUUUGAUAACUAACAUUGUGUGAGAGCAAUAGAGACCAUUGCUUCAUUACAUUUUUUACCCUUGCAUGUCUAGGUUACUUGUUUUCUUUCUAAACACCAAAAGUUUGCAAAGUUUAAAAGGGGCUUUUGCAGAAGAAAAAGCGCCACUUUAUUUUAUAUUUGCAAAAAGGGGCCAUAUUUAUUUAUCUAUUUAUUUAUUUUCUUUCUUGGUGGAACAGUCCAUUUUGGCUUUACUGCACCAUUUGCAUCCACUCUUGAAUGAUUGCACUUGUGCAUUCUGGUAGAUGCACACAUUUUGCCUAUGGAUGCACUCAUAAUACAACUCAAUUCACACAUCCAUAAUGGAUAUACACAUAAUACAAGCCAAUUCACAUAUAAAAAUGUGCUUAUAAGAAAUAAAAAAUGAAGGGAUAUGAUGGCUCGUUAAAGUUUUUUUUUUAAAAAAGAAUGUUUUCACAAAUAUGAAACUAAACUGAUAUGCCCUUGCAAAAUUCCCUAAAUGGGGAUUUUGCAAUAGGAAAAAAAAACUGCUUUCAUGUAUCAUUGCCAGUGUACUGGUGUAUUAAUCAUUUGAAAUCAGCUGCUUUCCUAUAUCAUUGACAAUAUACUGUAAAAAAGGAUUAAAAAGUCCUCUACAACAUUUACAGGCAGCCAUGAAAGGAUUACGGAUGCUUUAGAAUUCAUAAUUUCAUAGAUGAAUUUACUUUAUUAAUAUAUGAUUCAUAAACUUUAUUUGGUGUUUUGGGCAUGUGAAUGUUAAUGUAUGCACUUAAUGUUAACAUAAACAACAAUUGAACCUUGAUGAGACAGCGUAUCUUGGCUUUGCUUAUGAAUUUAUUGCCCUUAAUACCCUAUUAUGAUUUCCAUAUUAGAAUUCUUUAUUCGAAUUGUGCUCUUCUCUUGUAUUUCCAACACAAUCAAUCAUUUUCAUGGAUUUUGUUUUCAUCCCUUUAUGCACCUAAUAAUAGAGCAAUGCACCAAUUAUGUUUUUUUUGCUUAGUUUGGAUGUUGUGUAUAGAAAGGUUUUGCACUAUAUUCGAUGUCUCGAUAGCAGACCUCGUAAUGGUAUCAUUCUAUUAUAGUGUUUGUACGUCCGAUACAGUAUUCGGUUUGGCAUACCGAGUGUCGGUACGUGCCCCAAACCGUAUACCAGCUUGGUACCUGUACGAUGUGGUAUGGUUGGUAUGCACCGAUACCGAUGGGUGCUUCCACUGUUACUGAAUAAUUCAAUGAGGUGGUUAGAGAAAUGGUUAGGCUUUCCCAAAGCUAUGAAGAUUACUAGGGUGACCUCUAAGUUUGGUUCCUUGUUAAAUCAGAGUGCAGAUAAGUAUCAAGUAGGUAUUUAUAAUGACAAAAAGGCUAUGAGCAACAUUUAUUUUGAUGAACUCAAUCAAAAGGGGCGGCUCUAUUGCUCCCUUUCACAACAGUAUGGCUUAGGAAAUGCAAAUAUACAUCUUCCCACUAACCUGAUUUCUUUUGACAACUUGUCUAAGCUACAAUAUGAUAUGGGAAACCACCACAACAUGCUACAAAUUCCAUUGUCUCGUAGAUUUGGAAACUCUGUUGGGAAAGAAUAUUCUAUGAGUAGAGAAUGGCUAACACAGCUUUGGCUGGAAGAAAAAAGAAAAAGGAUCGCCGUAAGAAGUAGAAGAAAACAAGUUCCAGCUGAGCAAGAAAUCCAAUUUAAAAUUAUGGAGCAACCACCAAUUAGUCAAUAUGAUGAAGGUCUUUACCCAAGUUCUCCUGAGGAGGUCAGAUUGGCACCUCUUCUUGCCAGAGCCAACUUGCUUAUCACGAGAGACAUAGAAUGGGCAAAUAUUAUGUUUGCCUUUGAACAGGAGAGCCGAUAUGUCAUAAUGGAUGCUAGCUAUCCGCAAUCUCCUGUGGGUUUUAUUCGUGAGCAAAGUAAUAUCAUCUUUAGGCAGGUACUUCGUUCAAGACGCCCAUUCAUUGCUUACAUAUUGGAUGGCAUGGGUAACGAAAUAUUUAGGGUUCGCAGGCCUUUUUGGUUGAUAAACAGCACAAUUUAUGCAGAAGUAGAUGGUAAGGAAAUCGGCGUGGUUAACAGGCGUUGGCAUCUUUGGCGACGAAUUUAUGAUUUGUAUUUGGGGAAUAAGCAGUUUGCUGUGGUAGAAAACCCCGGCUUUUGGGAUUGGACAUUCACUCUGAAAGAUGAAAAUGACAAUGUGUUGGCACAGAUCAACCGUGAUUGGCGGGGUCUUGGUUUGGAGCUCUUCACUGAUGCUGGUCAGUAUGUGAUUCGAUUUGGAAAUGCUGAUUCAAGUUCUGGCCUGGCUUCAGUGAUCCCAGAAUUAAAAGUUGCUCGUCCACUCUCUCUCUCUGAAAGAGCUGUAGCUGUUGCUCUUGCUGUUUCUCUGGACAGUGACUAUUUCUCCAGGCGUGGUGGCUGGGGGCUCCCUGUCAUAAUUGCUGGCGAGUAAAACAUCCAAAGACCAGCUGCCACUGCUCUUUUCUGAAGAAUUAUGUCACGAAGUAUCAUUUGGUUUCACCUCUGCUUUGGCCCUUUAUUGAAAAGCUGUAGCAUCUCGCAUGUUUGCAUCAAUCAACCUUCAGUUAAAUAAAUUUUCUUAUCUCACCAUUUUGGUGGUUUAAUGUGCUCCAAAAAGUGGAGAAUUCCUGUAUAGCAAUUAACUUUGACAAAUUACAGAUAAAAUGGAUUGAGAAGAUGGUACUAAAAGAGAGGUUAAAAAUAUAAAUGCAUUUCUUGUUCUUCUCGGCAUUA